UCCUCAGGACAGGUCGCGCGUCACCUUGACUAGGGUUGUAUCAUGGAAUGAGGAAAAGGAGAUCACACCAUCUGGACAGAAUACUUUUAGAUAUUCACUCUCAUCGAUAACAACUAUCAGUAAUGUGAAAAGUAGACAUAAUAAAUUGACCGCGAAUUUGAGAGAAACAGUUGUAAGUCAGGUCCAGUUUCAGAAUGUACCGCCAGUGCGCGAGUCUGGUGGAACGACACCGGUCAGAGCUGAGUUUCGCAUUGCUGUUGUCAGGCUAUGCGCUCUACCUGAUUCUUGGCGCAUGGGUCUUCUCCGCCGUGGAGCUUCCAUAUGAGCAACGGCUGCGCGAACAACUGGAGACCGCCCGGCAAAAGUUUCUCUGGGACAACGCGUGCGUGUCUGACGAACGGCUCGAGGAGCUUCUGACCCGCGCGCUGCAUGCUAAUAACUACGGCGUGUCGGUGCUCGGUAACGCUAGCGAAAACAACUGGGACUUCAUCUCCUCUCUGUUCUUUACCAGCACAGUUCUAACCACCACAGGCUAUGGUCACACUGUACCACUGUCAGAUGGAGGAAAGGCAUUCUGUGUGUUCUACUCUCUCCUCGGAAUCCCCGUCACGCUCCUCUUCCUCUCCGCCCUGGUACAAAGAAUUAUGGUCCUGGUGACACGCUGGCCUGUGGCGUACCUUCACCUGCGAUGGGGCGUGUCCAAACCAAAGUUUGCCGCUGUCCAUGCGGCAUGUCUAUCCGUUGUUGCAGCACUGCUCCUCUUCCUCCUACCAGCGGUAGUGUUCUGCAGGCUGGAGCCUCUAUGGAGCUACCUGGAGUCCCUCUACUUCUGCUUCAUCUCGCUUACUACAAUUGGCCUAGGAGACUAUGUACCUGGAGAGACUCACAAUACCGUUCCCAACUCUCACCGCACGCUAUAUAAGCUGGCUAUUACACUGUAUCUGUUGCUGGGCUUGGUGUGUCUGUUGGUGGUGGUGGAGACGUGUUGUGAGCUGCCACAGCUGAAGAGCUUCAGGAGGAGAUUCUACAGAGAAAAUAAUGCUCCAGAGUCAGAGACCAGAGACCAGGAGGAGUUUAGCAGCACAGAACAUGAUCAAAUGACUGAUCACCUAACUGAUCAGCUGACCUUCUCCUCAGUGUCCGCCCAGGCCGCCUCCCUCCGCCAGGACAACACACCCUGGCAAUAGCAUAAAAUAGAUACUUCACUGUG